ACUGACUUAUCGAGGUCUCCUCGAAGCAAAGCGAUAACCUAGCGUGAUAACCAGCGAUAACCGGUAUACCUUUACCAACUUUACGUUUCACUGCCAGUUUUACGGUUUCAGUGGAACUUUUCCCUUUCUAUCUCCCUUCUAAUAUCGGGAUCCAAAGUAUAUUUUGAGAGAGAAUAAUGCAAGCCAGUUUAUGGAAUUUGAUCACCACCUCGAUCAGGCCAACAUGUAUAAAACGUGUUCUCCCGGGUAUGACAACUGCCCAGCAACGCAGGUAUGCAAGUACGAUAGAUGCGGAUGUAGUAGUGAUUGGAGCUGGUCCUGGUGGAUACGUAGCAGCAAUCAAAGCUGCACAACUAGGCAUGAAGACAGUAUGCGUAGAGAAAGGUCCUACUUUAGGAGGCACAUGUCUCAAUGUUGGUUGUAUUCCAUCUAAAUCACUUUUAAACAAUUCACAUUAUUAUCAUAUGGCACACAGUGGAGAUUUGGCAAACCGUGGAGUUGUUGUGUCAGAUGUUCAACUUAAUCUUAGUAAACUUAUGGAACAGAAAUUAAAUGUGGUCAAGGCCUUGACCGGUGGUAUAGCAGGUCUAUUUAAGAAAAAUAAGAUCGAAUGGGUCAAUGGCCAUGGAAAAAUUACUGGCAAGAAUCAAGUCACUGCCUUAAAAUCUGAUGGAUCAGUGGAAUCAACGAUCAAUACUAAGAAUAUUCUGAUAGCAACCGGUAGCGAAGUUUCGCCAUUUCCUGGUAUCGAAAUUGACGAAAAGCAGAUAGUGUCCUCGACGGGUGCAUUAUCGCUCAGUGAAGUUCCCAAAAGACUUAUUGUUAUAGGAGCUGGAGUCAUUGGAUUGGAAUUGGGCUCGGUCUGGCAAAGACUGGGUUCCGACGUUACGGCCGUUGAAUUCAUGUCGACAAUUGGCGGUAUGGGUAUUGACGGAGAAGUCAGUAAAACGAUGCAGAAGGUCCUAGCCAAGCAGGGUCUGAAAUUCAAAUUGGGAACCAAGGUUACAGCCGCUAACAAAAGUGGCAAUGAGAUCCUAGUUUCAGUUGAGGAUGCGAAAGAUUCCAAUAAAAAGGAGGACUUAGCGUGUGACGUAUUAUUGGUGUGCGUUGGCAGAAGACCGUAUACGCAAAAUCUAGGUCUGGAAGAUUUGGGUAUUGAGAGGGACGAAAAAGGAAGAAUACCCGUGAACAACCGGUUCCAAACGGUAGUACCUAGUAUCUAUGCUAUCGGAGAUUGCAUUCAUGGACCAAUGCUAGCUCAUAAGGCCGAGGAUGAGGGCAUAAUCACAGUGGAAGGUAUUGCCGGAGGCGCGGUUCACAUUGACUACAACUGCGUGCCGAGCGUAAUAUACACGCAUCCAGAAGUCGGUUGGGUUGGCAAGACGGAGGAAGAUCUGAAAAAAGAGGGCAUCGACUACAAGGUUGGCAAGUUCCCAUUCAUGGCGAAUUCACGAGCGAAAACGAAUCUAGAUACGGACGGUUUUGCUAAAGUACUCGCGGAUAGCAAUACGGAUAAAAUCCUGGGCGUACAUAUGAUUGGACCAAGCGCAGGCGAGCUUAUCAACGAGGCAGUUCUUGCAAUGGAGUACGGAGCUAGCGCAGAAGACGUUGCUCGUGUAUGCCACGCACAUCCGACAUGCGCCGAGGCACUCAGAGAGGCUCAUCUGGCAGCUUACUUUGGCAAGCCUAUCAAUUUUUAAAUUAUUAUGGAGGAUAAAUGAUUCAUUGACACUUGAUAGUCCACAUUUUCACUGUGCAUUUAGCACUUAACAUAUACGCUUAACAUAUCUGUUUGAAACUGGUAUAAUAAAGUGCAUAGACAAAUAUGAUUAAGAUCCAUGCUGAAUGCACCAUGGGAAUGUACAGCCCCUUUGACAUCUCAUCGUAGUCUCAAUCUAGUCUACGUAUCAACGUCAUGGGCAAACUAGCGCGUUGUCGCUUAAUCGCAUAAAAGAUUGUAAAUAAAAGUUUUAAAUCAUUAUAUGCAAAGGUAAUGAUUAAUUAUCUCUGUCAGGUGAUUACUGUAUUUAUUAAAUACAUAUU